AUGCCUUCUUCAACAACAGAAAGAUUAGGAAUCGAGCAAACAGGCUUCCGCAAGUUUGAUAUUUCAAAAGCCAAGGUAAGAGGCGAGGGUGACAUUUCCUCAGUUUUUGCAUCAUUUGAUAGCACGGGGCUCGCCGAUAGACUUCCCUCCGUUUACGCGGAAAUCAAAAAAAGCUUAGUUAAGAAUCCCCAGCAGCUCAAAGACAGUUGGAUUAGGUUGAAAAAGGCUCUUUCAGAGGGUAUUGAAGAGAUUAAAAGAAAUCAAGAAUCUAUCGUGCCCUCCGUAGACUUCAAUGACCUCUGCAAUGUGAGCGGUGAAUUGCGAGAGGAAAUUUUGAAGCGUGGUUCUCUUGUGGUCAGAAAUGUAAUUCCCAUGAAUGAAGCCCGUCGUCUCAAGGAUGACAUAUCUGACUAUAUUGAUUCGAAUCCAAAUACCAAAGGGUUUCCGAAGGAUAAAAGAGUAGUUUAUGAGUUGUAUUGGUCGAAAUCACAAAUCAAGGCAAGAUCCCAUCCAAAUGUGGAAGAGACUAUGAAGUUUAUGAAUAACUUAUGGGUCGCUUCGCCAGAUACUGAAAUCUGUCUUGAUCAAAACAUUUCGUAUGCUGAUCGUUUAAGGAUCAGAAAUGCUGGGGAUGCCCUUUUUUCUUUAGGUCCACACGCAGAUGGGGGCUCUUUGGAAAGAUGGGAGGACCCUGAAUAUCGUGAGUGUUAUAAACCAAUUUUUGAGGGAAAAUGGGAAGAAUAUGAGCCGUACGAUGCCAGUCAUAGAAUAGGGGCUAAGCAAGAUUUGCAUGACUCUAGAGGCACUUGUAGCGUAUUCAGGUCAUUCCAAGGCUGGUUAGCAGUUUCAGAUAUUGCACCUAAAGAAGGUACCAUUUAUUUUGCUCCUUUGGUAAAGGAGGUCACCGCAUACUAUAUGCUAAAACCAUUUUUUGACAAAAAUGAUAAUUUGAAGCUCGACUCAGAUAUACCAGGAGCUUUUCCAGGAAAAGGAUUGGAGUUCAGUGAUGAUUCACAUCCGGAGUUAAAACUUGAAGACAUUAUGGUUCCCACACCUAGAGUGAAGCCAGGAGACAUGGUGUUCUGGCACUGUGAUUUAAUUCAUGCUGUUGAUCCCGUUCAUAAUGGCACUAACGACUCUUCUGUUUUUUAUAUUCCCUCAGUACCGUUGUGUCCGUCGAAUAUUGAAUACGCAUUUUUACAAAGAGAAGCAUUUUUGAAAGGGUUGGCUGGUCCUGAUUUUCCAGGAUUUCCAAACGGAAUAGCUGAGACAGAGCAUAUCAAUAGAGGGACCCCUGAAGAUGUCGAAAAGACAGGUGGAAAAGCAGCCAUGCAACAAUUCUGUUUGGCUAGGUUCGAAGAAAAGAAAGGAUAUACUUCGGGUGCGAAUAAGGCAAUAAGAAAUGCUAAUUCUCGCUUAUUUUAUUAA